UGAGAGAAGGCCAAAAAAGACGCCCAAAAUUCACUGUGCAGUGUAAUAAUACUCCGAUACUGUAGGGAAGCUAAUACGACUUUUUCACGAGGGGUAAAUUGGAAAUGAACCUUGAUGUGCUUUGGAGCUAUCAUCCAUCCAUCACCCUUUCCUUCAACAAUUGAGAUUCUAAGAUCAAAUCUUUUUCACUGUGAGCUCCCCUUUGUAUGCACAGAAUUAACAAAGACAAAUAUGCCAGGUCCAGGACCGCACAUGAUGUACACAUUGGGGUCUGGCUUAGGCCUGAUGAGUGUAUCUAAUGGCCGGUUCAGUCCUCAUCACUGCCUCACCUAUUCAAUCAACGCUUUCUUUGGGCCGGACAUUGGAUCUUUCUCCGAGUGGCUGACUUCCACCCUUGGAUUAGGCAGUGCUUUGGGUUAUGCAAUCGAGCCGUGGAUCCAUGACCCUUUUUAUUACAUACUUAUUCUUGGUAUUCCCAUGUCCAUGCUUUACAGCACUGCCUCCAAAUUCCUCCUCAAGAAGGGAUUGCUUGAUUCCGCUUCUGGGGUGGCGCUAACGAGGAAACAGUGCUUAUUCCUGGUGGCUGCAGGCUCUUUGUCACAUUUUUUCUUGGACCAUCUGUUUGAGGAAAAUGGGAAGUCUACUAUGUACACUUGGGUAUUGAGCACAGGUUGGUGGGAAGGUCGUGCACCGAUUAAUCCAGAUGCUGUUGUUGUGAUUGCUAUUUUAUGUACCUGCUUGAUCGCCGGCUUUAUUUACAUCAACAGAGUGAAGCCAGUGAAACUGCUCAAGUUACGAGUUAUCAACUCUGUCAAGCUGAUCUUGGUAAUUGCUACCUUAUAUUGCUUAUGGUGUGCAACCCAAAUAUACUUGGUUCGUCCUCGUCGACCAGCAGUAGGUGAAGAGGCUGAUCUUGGAGUCCUUGUGUUUAUGGGAAUAUAUUUUUUCCUCCCUCAUUGGCUGUGCAUUAUGUCCAUGAACUCAAGAGAUCCGCAAGAACUUUUGCCCCUUUGACUAAACAAGAAUCAUAAUGACUAGUGACACAGAAAUCUCAAGGCCAAUAGUGAGUGAAGCUGUUAGCACCAUUUUGUAGAGGAGCUGAACUAGUCAAUGUUCGCCGUUUCUUUGGAGCAUCUCUUAAUCUUUAAGUUCUUGGCAACAGCUAGGCAUAAAAUUACAUUGUUUCCUGGCUCCACAAAGUCAAAAAUGUAGAGAUUGUGAUUUUGGAGCUACAUUCUUUGUUCCUGGGGUGGUAAGUCAAACUGUAUGGUAGGUCCUAGUAAAAUAUACCAAGAAACAUAGGUCAAGCUUUGUAGUGUUUCUGGUUUUGUUGAUCAAAUAAUUUAUAGCUCAUAUUUACACCUUGAUUGUGCAUGGAAAUAAAGAACUUAGAGAUGUUACAUGAUU